UGCUAUAACUACCGCAUGACUGCAACCCCUUUGUGGAGGAAGGACGAUGAGGGCAAGACCAUUUGCAACACAUGUGACCUCUACUAUAAGCUCCACGGCUCAGCUCGUCUCAUCAGUAUGAAAUCCGAUAUCAUUCGCAAGCGCUCUAGACACGACGCUCGUGUGUAG